UUCUCAACCAGGGGAAGGCAUUCCAGGAAGACUGCAGGAGUAUCUUCGUGUACCUCAUGGCUGCGGUACUUGGAAACAGCACCCGAACUAUGGGAACUUCAGACUGUGAGCUGAGAAGCCAGUUCAAAAGGAGGAACAGGAGGAGGUCGACAAGAAAAGGUCAGUAGACAACUUGUUGUGGUCAAAUGAUGAGUUGUCGCCGUGAGUUCAAUGUAGACAGAAGAUCACAGAAUCAACCCUUCGUUGAGAUUAUCAAGUUUGCCUUGAGGGUUUCUUUGUAAGAUAAAAUCAGAAAGCCUGAAAUAAACGCAGGAAUAAUUUGUCACUGCAUCGUUAUUGGAAAAUAUCUUUAUGUUAUGCUGGAGGUUUAAGGAUUGCCAGUGGUCAUAAAAUGUAGCCUACAUUAUUACAAAUAGGAUCAUACCACACUGUAAAACCAAGUAUCUGUGCAGCACAUGCACAACUCAUUUCUACAAGGAGUGAAGUGAUAUAAUUGUUUAUUAAUUGAUCUCCUCAUAUUGGAGGCAACAGAAAAAAUGCACUGUGGGUUGAAUUUUGAUUCUCAUAUUAUUGAACUGUAAGUGCCUUUGGUCCUGAAUUGAUUAGAAAGGAUUGUAUAAAAUAGGCAUACUCCAAUCAAUGGAAUGCUUUGACCAAUAAUUUUAAUGGCUUUUGAUAGUUCUCCCCCUCUAUCUCCUGUUAUUUAAAUUCACUCUCAUUGUCAUGAAAGCCCUGACAAUCAUUUAUAUUGUCCUCUUGGCAACAGGUCAACAUUUUAGGAUUACACUGCACUGCCAUUGUUCUUGACACACUAAUCCUCAGAAAAUGCUGCAGAUUAUUUCAUAAGGGGCUUUGUAUUAAAACCUAUGCUUAUUCAAAGUGCCUAAACCUUUUCCAUUCCAUGUACGACCUAUUGGCCUUUUGCUGCUCAAGGUGAAUUGAUGGGAGAGUGUAUAAUGAUACAUGGAGUGAAUGCAUUGCAUGCGCCCAAAAUGCUACCCUAUUCCCAUUAGUGCACUACUUUUAGUGCAGACUUCAAAAUAAUCAGUGGUCUUCUAUUGAGGUAGUUUGUUGUAAUGAUUUAACUAAAAGGUUAUUUUGAAUUGAUAUGUUGACAGAAGGGUUGUGGGUGCGGGUGUAUAUUUCUCUUUUGAAUGUGGGAUGUGGUAAACAUUUGAGUAGGCUAUAUAAAUAUUCAAAUUAUGAGACAAAUAUAUGACCUUGGAACUUUUCUUGGAUAUCAUUAAAGUUUUCUUUAAAGACAAUAAUGUUUUGAUCAUUAACAGAAUACAUUUGAUAAAUUACUGACAAUUUUCAUGGGAAAUUGAUUAUUCUCUCACAUUCCUUAUGCAGAGAGUAGGGGGACUAUUCAGUACUGUAUACUGUACUUGGUUAUUUGGGAAAGUUGUGCAAUAUUGUCCUUUAUUCAGGACAGAUUAACAUGAUGGAACAACAUGGAACAACAGCUGUUGUUUACUAUUUCUGUCAUCUGUUGUUUUCAACAAAAUGUAUUAUGAUGAUUUGUAUCGAUAUUUGUUGAUUUGAUUGCUAUUUUGAUAUAAAGUUACAUUACAGAUGUAGGAUCUUAAUUUGACCUAUACUGCAAAAUAAUCAUGCAGCAACAGGAUUUAAACGUUUAGUCCAUAUUGUUGCUCGAUCGGUGGUUAGGCUAUUAGCUGGCCAAAAAGUAGACUACAUGAAAAGUGCAAUACUGUUAAUAUCAAAUAAAAUGAAGUUGUAUUGGUCACAUACACGUGUUUAGCAGAUAUGUUAUUGCGGGUAUAGUGAAAUGCUUGUGCUUCUAGCUCCAACAGUGCAGUAAUAUCUAACAAGUAAUAUCUAACAAUUUCACAACAUAUACCCAAUACACACAAAUCUAAGUAAGGAAUUAAUUAAGAAUAUAUACAAAUAUGGAUGAGCGAUGUCAGAGCGGCAUGGACUAAGAUACAGUAGAAUAGUAUAGAAUACAGUAUAUACAUAUGAGAUGAGUAAUGCAAGAUAUGUAAACAUUAUUCAAGUGGCUAGUGUUCCAUUUCUUAAAGUGGCCAGUGAUUUCUAGUCUAUGUCUAUAGGCAGCAGCCUCUAAUGUGCUAGUGAUGGCUGUUUAACAGUCUGAUGGCCUUGAGAUAGAAGCUGUUUUUCAGUCUCUCGGUCUCAGCUUCGAUACACCUGUACUGACCUCGCCUUCUGGAUGAUAGCGGGGUGAACAGGCAGUGGCUCGGGUGGUUGAUGUACUUGAUGAUCUUUUUGGCCUUCCUGUGACAUCGGGUGCUGUAGGUGUCCUGAAGGGUGGGUAGUUUGCCCCCGUUAAUGUGUUGUGCAGACCGCACCACCCUCUGGAGAGCCUUGCAGUUGCGGGCAGUGCAGUUGCCGUACCAGGCAGUGAUACAGCCCGACAGGAUGCUCUCAAUUGUGCAUCUGUAAAAGUUUGUGAGGGUUUUCAGUGCCAAGCCGAAUUUCUUCAGCCUCCUGAGGUUGAAGAGGCUCUGUUGCGCCUUCUUCACCACACUGUCUGUGUGGGUGGUCCAUUUCAGUUUGUCAGUGAUGUGUACGCCAAGGAACUUAAAGCUUUCCACCUUCUCCAGUGCGGUCCCGUCGAUGUGGAUAGGGGGGGUGCACCAUCUGCUGUUUCCUGAAGUCCACGAUCAUCUCCUUUGUUUUGUUGACGUUGAGUGACUGUGAUGAGGUGGUGUUGAAGAAGUCAGGCACAGGAGGGUAAAUCACAGAAUAACAGGCUUUAAUACGCAAAAUACAGGUUUACGCAGAAAUGCGUCAAACACACUCCAAGGCACAAAACAGGCGCACUGGAAAAUACAAGGCACACAGGAAAAUACUCCCGUCGAUACACAAUACACAAGUUCCACCGAGCUUCUCAAACCUCCACAAUAAACAAUCACCCACACAGACAAGGAAACAGAGGGAACACUUAUACCUUGACUAAUGAGGGAAUAAGGACCAGGUGUGUGUGAUUGAAGAUAAGACAAAUGGAGUGAUGAUAAAUGGAUCGGCAGUAGCUAGUAAGCCGGUGACGCCGAACGCCGAAACCUGCCCGAACAAGGAGGGGAGGCAGCCUCGGUGGAAGUCGUGACAGUACCCCCCCCCCCCCCCCCCCCCCCGCCUCGGGGACGGCCUGGAGGACGCGGAGCAGGGCGAGCCGGAUGGCGACGGUGGAAAUCCCAUAACAUGGAGGGAUCGAGGAUAUCCCUCACCGGAACCCAGCACCGUUCCUCCAGACCGUACCCCUCCCACUCCACGAGGUACUGAAGGCCCCCCACCCGAUGCCUCGAAUCCAGGAUGGAGUGGACAGAGUAAGCCGGGGCCCCCUCGAUGUCCAGAGGAGGUGGAGGGACCUCCCGCACCUCAGCCUCCUGGAGCGGACCAGCUACCACCGGCCUGAGGAGAGACACAUGAAACGAGGGGUUAAUACGGUAAACAGGGGGAAGUAAUAACCUAUAAGUGACCUCGUUGACUCUCCUCAGGACUGAACGGCCCCACAAACCACGGGCUCAGCUUCCGGCAGGGCAAGCGGAGGGGCAGAUUCCGGGUCGAGAGCCAGACCCAAUCCCCCGGUACAAAGACGGGGGCCUCACUGUGGUGGCGGUCAGCGUUGGCCUUCUGACGACACACGGCGCAUUGGAGGUGAACGUGGGCAGCAUCCCACGUCUCCUCUGCGCACCGAAACCAGUCAUCCACCGCAGGAGCCUCGGUCUGGCUCUGGUGCCACAGUGCCAGAACUGGUUGGUAACCUAGAAUACACUGGAAAGGCGUUAGGUUAGUGGAGGAGUGGCGGAGAGAGUUCUGGGCAUAUUCUGCCCAUGGCAAGAACACCGACCACUCCCCCGGCCGGUCCUGGCAGUAGGACCGCAGGAACCUACCCACGUCCUGAUUUACCCGUUCCACCUGCCCAUUACUCUCGGGGUGGAACCCAGAGGUCAGGCUGACCGAGACCCCCAGACGUUCCAUGAACACCUUCCAGACCUUGGACGUGAAUUGGGGACCUCGGUCAGACACUAUAUCCUCUGGUACCCCGUAGUGCCGGAAGACGUGUGUAAACAGGGCCUCUGCAGUUUGCAGAGCCGUGGGGAGACCGGGCAGAGGAAGGAGGCGGCAGGCUUUAGAAAAGCGGUCCACAACGACCAGGAUGGUGGUGUUACCUUGAGAGAGGGGAAGAUCAGUUAGAAAAUCAACACUUAGGUGAGACCAUGGUCGUUGUAGAACUGGUAAAGGUUGUAACUUACCAGCUGGGAGGUGCAUAGGUGCCUUACUCUGGGCAUCGAGGGGGCCCCGGCGUACUCUGCCCGUUCCAUCCUGGAUUCGAGGCGUCGGGUGGGGGCCUUCAGUACCUCGUGGAGUGGGAGGGGUACGGUCCGGCGGAACGGUGCUGGGUUCCGGUGAGGGAUAUCCUCGAUCCCUCCAUGUUACGGGAUUCCCACCGUCGCCAUCUGGCUCGCCCUGCUCCGCGUCCUCCUGGCCGUCCCCGAGGCCGGGGUUGGCGCGCUGCUGGAGCCGCGCGUCAAGGGGUGGGUGAUUCUGUGAUGAGGUGGUGUUGAAGAAGUCAGGCGCAGGCUUUAAUACGCAAAAUAAAGGUUUACGCAGAAAUGCGUCAAACACACUCCAGGGCAUAAAACAGGCGCACUGGAAAAUACUCCUGUCGAUACACAAUACACGAGCUCCACCGAGCUUCACAAACCUCCACAAUAAAUAAUCACCCACACAGACAAGGAAACAGAGGGAACACUUAUACCAUGACUAAUGUAAAAAUGUCAGGUCUGCAUUUAGCUUUGUUGGUAAUUAAGUUGCAGUGAAACCAGACAUAACAGCAUUCUUUAAAAGACUGAUGGCCAGACAGACAUACUGUCUGAUCUGUCUAUGAAUCAGCAUGAAGGAAUGUUUUAAUCUAAUUUAAUGCAUCAGGGAAACCGGUCAACUUUAAGUCCAUAUUGACACCAAUAUAAUACAGCAGAAAUUAUUACAGUCCACUGCACAGUAACACUGUCAAGAGACGAUAACUGAAACAGACUAUUACUCUUAUUGUAUUUGAUGUUAUAGUAUUCAUGAACCAUAAACUGUAGUAAAGAAACCCAUAACAAUAUCUUCAAUAUGUUCAGUGAGUAGAUCAUUUGAGAGAGUGCUAUUGUUUUGCAAAAAAAAAAAGGUCCAUUAAAGCCUUUUUCAUUGAUUCCACUGAAAUGCAGCCACAAGGCAACAUAGAUUAGAGGAAAUAUAGUAUUUGGUUUGAUGAAGAGGCAGACAAGCAGUCAGUGGUGUUACUAGUUGAAAUGGGGACAUUUUCACAGCUGUUGUAUCAUCGGAGAGCCACAGAUUUGUGCCACACUAUGCCAUUGUUAUUAUCCUCAAUCGCAAUUUAUUUCACAUCACCAUAUGUUUUAGGAAAUAUUUUCAUAAUUCAGUUCCAAGUGUUUAUUGUCAGCUGUGGGUUUAGUUUUUGAACAGCUUUUGUCUGUGUUUGUUUGAUUUGAUGUACUGUAUGAUUAAUUUGAUUUGAUGUCUCUGCUAAGGGCUAUCAAGCUAAAGGGAGUCAAGUGGAAGGCUUGCACUUUCCUCCACAGUGGAACAGGAUGCGUGUGAUCUGCCUGUCGUGAUGAAGGUGUGCUCAGAUAUCAGACAUCUCACUGCUUGACUGGCUCUGAGCCUUUGGUUGAGUGGAGUUAAUGAGAUAUCGUCAUCUAUAGUUCAAAGUUAUGACUGCAGAUUAGAUGGGUGGGCUGUUUUUAAGAAGAUCCAGGGCUGUAACGAGUGUCAGUGUAAUGCGGUGGAUCAAAAUCAGGCGCAGGACACAGAACUCGAGGAAACGUACUUUACUGAACUUGAGUAAAGAAAACAACACAGCAAUACCUUCAUGCAGGAAGGAACUAACCCGCUCACCAAACGACACACGAAAUGAAAAACAACCACGCACAAGACACAUUGGGAGCCACUGGGUUAAAUAGGGUAGGCGUGAUUAAACAAAUGGGAAACAGGUGUGUGACAUAUAUAACAUAGAUCGGCAGUAGCUAGUAUUCCAGUGACGACGAACGCCGCAGCCUGCCUGAGCAAGGAGGAGGGGCAGCCUCGGCAGAAUCCGUGACAGUUUCCGGAAGGGCAAGUGAAGGGGCAGAUUUCGGGUCGAGAGCCAGACCCGGUCCCCCGGUGCAUACACCGGAGCCUCACUGCGGUGGCGGUCGGCACUCACCUUCUGCUGCCCGAUGGCCCGCUGCAGGCGCACAUGGGCAGCGUUCCAGGUCUCCUGCGAGCGCCGAAACCAUUCAUCCACCGCAGGUGCCUCGAUCUGGCUCUGAUGCCAUGGUGCCAGAACCGGCUGAUAACCUAAUACACACUGGAAGGGAGUAAGGUUAGUGGAGGAGUGGCGGAGUGGGUUUUGGGCUAUCUCUGCCCAGGGGAGGAACGCCGACCACUCCCCCCGCCGGUCCUGGCAAUACAACCACAGAAAACUACCCACCUCCUGGUUGACUCUCUCCACCUGCCCGUUACUUCGGGGUGAGACCCUGAGGUAAGGCUGACCGAGACUCCCAGACGUUCCAUGAACGCCCUCCAAACCCUCGAGGUGAACUGGGAACCCCAAUCAGACACUAUAUCCUCAGGUAUCCCAUAGUGCCGGAAGACGUGUGUAAAUAGGGCCUCAGCAGUCUGUAGGGCCGUAGGGAGACCGGGCAGAGGAAUGAGGCAGCAGGACUUAGAAAACCGUUCCACAACGACCAGGAUCGUGUUAUUCCCUUGUGAGGGAGGAAGAUCCGUCACAAAAUCCACCGAUAGGUGGGACCACGGUCGUUGUGAAACGGGUAGGGGUUGCAAUUUCCCUCUGGGCAGGUGUCUAGGAGCCUUACACUGGGCGCACACCGAGCAGGAAGAAACAUAAACCCUCACGUCCUUAGCUAAGGUGGGCCACCAGUACUUCCCACUAAGACAAUGCACUGUCCGACCGAUACCAGGAUGACCAGAGGAGGGUGACGUGUGAGCCCAAUAGAUCAACCGAUCGCGGACCGCCAGCGGAACGUACACACGUCCCUCUGGACACUGGGGAGGAGUGGGUUCGUUACGCAACCUCCCACACCACCGGUGCCACCAGACACGACGCCGGAAGAAUGGGAGUGGGCUCCACGGAACUCCCCUCCGUGUCAUACAGUCGGGUCAGAGCAUCUGCCUUAGCAUUCUGGGAACCUGGCCUGUACGAAAGGGUGAAACAAAAACAAGUGAGAAACAUUGACCACCUUGCCUGGCGAGCGUUUAAUCUCUUCACCACCUGGAUGUACUCCAGAUUGCGGUGGUCAGUCAAAAUGAGAAAAGGGUGGUUAGCCCCCUCAAGCCAAUGUCUCCACGUUUUCAGGGCUUGGACCACGGCCAACAGCUCUUGGUCCCCCACAUCAUAGUUGCGCUCCGCCGGACUGAGCUUCUUAGAAAAGAACGCACAGGGGCGGAGCUUGGGUGGUGUGCCCGAGCGCUGGGAAAGUACAGCACCUAUCCCAGCCUCCGACGCGUCCACCUCAACCGUGAAAGCCAAGGAGGGAUCCGGAUGAGCCAGCAAUAGAGCCGAGGUAAACAGGCUCUUCAGACGAUUGAAAGCCCUGUCCGCCUCAGCUGACCACCGCAAACACACCAGUCCCCCCUUCAGCAAUGAGGUAAUGGGAGCCGCUACCUGACCAAAGCCCCGGAUAAACCUCCGGUAGUAAUUGGCAAAUCCCAAAAAUUGCUGCACCUCCUUCACCGUGGUUGGAGUCGGCCAAUUACGCACGGCCGAAAUGUGGUCACUCUCCAUUUUCACCCCACGCGGACAUGUGGUACCCUAGGAAGGAGGUGGACUCCUGAAAGAACAGGCAUUUCUCUGCCUUGGCAUAUAGGUCAUGCUUCAACAGUCAUCCAAGUACCUUACGCACCAGGGACACAUGCUCGGCCCGUGUAGCGGAGUAUAUGAGGAUGUCAUCAAUAUACACCACUACACCCUGUCCGUGCAGAUUCCUGAAAAACUCAUCGACGAAGGCUUGGAAGACUGAUGGAGCAUUCAUCAACCCAUAUGGCAUGACGAGGUACUCAUAGUGUCCUGAGGUAGUGCUGAAAGCCGUCUUCCACUCAUCUCCCUCCCGAAUACGCACCAGAUUGUACGCGCACCUGAGAUCCAAUUUCGUGAAGAAGCGCGCCCCGUGCAUUGAUUCCGUCAUACAUGCUAUCAGAGGUAAGGGAUAGCUGUACUUGACAGUGAUCUGAUUAAGCCCACGGUAAUCAAUGCUCGGGCGUAACCCACCAUCCUUCUUCUUCAACGAAAAAGAAACUCAAGGAAACAGGUGAAGUGGAAGGCCGAAUAUCAAAUCAAAUCAAAUCAAAUUUUAUUGGCCACAUGCUCCGAAUACAACAGGUGCAGACAUUACAGUGAAAUGCUUACCCUGUCUCAGCGAUUCGGAGACAUAUGUUUCCAUAGCCGCCUUCUCCGCCUGUGACAGAGGAUACACGUGACUCCGGGGAAGUGCAGCGCCUACCUGGAGAUUUAUCGCACAAUCCCCUGGACGAUGGGGUGGUAAUUUAGUCGCCCUCUUCUUACUGAAGGCGAGAGCCAAAUCGGCAUACUCAGAAGGAAUGUGCACUGUGGAGACCUGGUUUGGACUCUCCACCGUAGUAGCCCCCAAGAAACCCCUACACACCUCCCCGAGCACUGACUGGACCAUCCCUUGAGAGCCCUCUGUUUUCAGGACAUAGUGGGAUCAUGAGUGGUUAACCAGGGAAGUCCCAACACCACAGGAUACGCAGGAGAAUCAAUCAGAUAGAGACUAAUCCUCUCCUCAUGACCCCCCUGCGUUCUCAUAGAGAGUGGUGCGGUAACCUCCCUGAUUAGACCUGAUCCUAGCGGGCGACUAUCUAAUGCGUGGACAGGAAAAGGCACAUCAACACAAACAGAGAAUAUUGACUAUCAAUAAAAUUCCCAGCUGCGCAUGAAUCUACUAGCGCCUUAUGCUGGGAAUGAGGAGAAAACUCCGGAAACACAACCUCUAUAAACAACUGACCAACAGGGAGCUCUGGGUGAAUCGGGUGCCUACUCACCUGAGAUGAUCGACCAGUGCUCUGCUUACUGCCUCGACUCCCUAGGGACCCUCCCCAGCACCGACCUCAGUGUGUCCUCUGCGGCCACAGUUGGUGCAGGGGACGGCCCCUCUCCUGGUCUCCCUAAGUGCAGCACCUCCGAGCUCCAUGGGGGUAGAGUCGGAGGUGCUGGGGGAUGGAAUGAAUGAGCCCUGAUCAGAACCUCUGCGGGUCUCCAACAGGUUAUCCAGCCUGAUGGACAUCUCCACCAGUUGGUCCAGAUUGAGAUUGGUAUCCCUGCAGGCCAGUUCCCGCCGAAUGUCCUCCCUUAGGCUGCACUGAUAGUGGUCGAUCAGGGCCCUCUCAUUCCAUCCCACGCUGGCUGCCAAUGUCCUGAACUCCAGCGCAAAAUCCUGGGCGCUCCCCCUCUCCUGUCGUAGGUGGAACAGACGCUCGCCUGCCGCUCUCCCCUCUGGUGGAUGAUCGAAUACCGCCCGGAAGCGGCGGGUGAACUCCUCGUAGCGGACCGAUGCAGCGUCAAUUCCUCCCCACUCGGUGUUGGCCCACUCGAGCGCCUUCCCCGACAGACAGGAGAUGAGGGCGGACACGCUCUCGUAUCCCGAGGGUGCCGGGUGGAUGGUUGCCAGAUAGAGCUCUACCUGGAGCAGGAAACCCUGACACCCGGCUGAUGUACCGUCAUAUGCCCUCGGUAGCGAGAGCCGAAUCCCACUGGGCCCAGGUGGAGAAGAGGUGGACUGUGGUAUGGGUGGUAGAGUGGUUGGAGGAGGUGUGGGAAGGCCACCUCUCUCCCAACGAUCCAUCGUGUUCAUCACCCUCUCCAUGGCGGUGCCGAGCGCCUGGAUGACACUCUCCUGUCGUUGAAAACUGCAGCCUCUGCAGAAUCCGUGACAAGGGCCUUAUGUAUCAAGUGUCUCAGAGUAGGACUGCUGAUUUGGGAUCAGUUUAGCCUUUUAAAUCACAAUUAAUAAGAUUUCAUGGACAGUGAGGUACCUGAUCCUAGAGCAGCACUCCUACUCUGAGAUACUUAUUGCAUACGGCCCCUGAUUUUUCUCUUAAGUACCCACUAAACUGGAAAUAAAAAAAUGUCUCUGAGGUUUUCAAGGUUCAUUAUGUUCAUUGUGUAAUGUCUGGUACAUAACAACCUGUUCAAACUGAUUUAAUAGAGUCCUAUGUUGAUGUGUGUGGUAAUAUGGCUCCUCCUCUCUCUGAGAAUAAUAUUAUGAAGUUCACUUCCUGUUUAUCUGACCACUGCUGAUGGGAACAACCUGCUUGUGAACUCCAAACAUCACAACUACAUGAAUAGUUUGUAGUUUAUUAUGUAUUAGUUAUAAAAUGAGUUUGGGAAAAGUGGCAUCAAAGGAAGCCCACAGACCUCCCUUUGGCUCCUAACCAUGACAGGCUGCUUUCCCCCUGCUAUCUUCAUUUGAUGUCACUCUCUCAGUGGAGACUUUUGGCAGACAGGAGCCUAGCCAAUUGUGUCAGUUUCAUAGUUUCAUUCGUGUUACAUGAGUGUGCUGGUUUCCUCAGAGAGGCGGUUCACAGGUAAAUGAAAGGAGGUUGUCAGAUGAUUGUUCCAUCACCUCUCUCUGGUUCGAUAGAGACAAAAAUCUCAAACCCUCACUACAAUGGGAAAAGACCAACUGGAUUGAGAAAAACUUUCAAAAUUGGUCCAAGUUGUUUUGAAGUUUGGUCAGGGUCACCAGGCUCGUUUGCAAGUUCGACCUUUUAAAGCGUGUUAAAGCCGGCGUGCUCCUAUUUUCAAACCCUAGCGCCAGGAUUUGUAAUUUACCUGUCUUAAAUGAGCUUGCUUGCGCUGAGGUGGAAGGGGUGGCAAUAUCUGAGGUGUGUUCUUCCUUUAAAAUAUUUAAGACCAACCAAAAGCUGGUCUUAGUGGUAACGAGGUUGGUUAUAGAAUGGAUUUUGACAGCCUAUACAGCCCUGAUACACAGUGCCCAUAUGCACAUGGAACAAGAGAGAUGUGCUUUUUGUGCCCGUAAUGUUUUCCCCCCAUUUUGUUUCAUUUUAAUAAAAACCAAUCAUACUCCCCUCUUAAUUAAGGCCGUUUUUUUUGUCCUGCCCAAUGCAUUCACCAAGUAGUCACGACUAUUAUAAAGGGGUUGGCUUGUGAGACCGCUUUGAAGUAAAUCAAAAUCACCAAAGAUUUAUUAGAAGAUUAAGUUUGGGAGCAUCCCCUUUUUAUCUAUGUAGGCUAUUGUACAUUAUUUUAGCCAGCUCCUGUUAUUGUUUUGGAUGUGCAUAAAAUGCCCGUCAUGGAAUAAGAGAUGAGACGAUCCAGUGACACUCGUAUUUAGAAAUAUUUAAAUUAUUUCCCUUUAACAAUUGCUUUAUUUUUUUUCGUUUAGUUUGAUUAAAAAACAAGCCCUUAUACGCUACCCUACUAUAACUAAAGAUGGUUCAACAGCAAUGCGUCUGUUUUGUCUUUCUUAUCCUGACCAUGCAUUAGCCAAAUAGCCUAUCCAUUAAAGGUUUCUAAAUGGUCUACUCGCUCAUGCUUUUGCAUUAUUCAGAAUUCACAUAGGCCUACCUGCAGAGCAUAGGUUACUCCAUUCAGCUUGUAUCGCGCACAUCCAAACAUAUUCAAAUUAUUCAGUCCUAUAACGCCAUAUAACGAUAUGUGCUUCACACAUACAACACCAUUUACAAGAGCCUAGUUUUUUUAUUUGAGGAGAAGUGCGAUGCUUAAAUGGGCCUAUACUCAUUGAAGCUAUGUUGACUUCAACACAUUUUUUUUUUACUGCUGCUAUUACUCAUUACUGUAGCCUACGCUAUUUAAUAAACUGUAUCUAUCCACAAUGGACUAGGAAGAGAAUUGUGCCCCCAGCUGAAUUGGAGAUGACAAUGCAAAGACCGUCAAUAGACUACGGAACUUAAGAUAACUGCAUGCAGAAUUAAGCCAUGAAACGCAUUGAUUGGACAGUGAGGGCCAAGCUCUGCUCCCAUGUAUAAUGUAUGUAUAGCAAAAAUAUUUUGGACCUAUAGCCCUAUUGCCAGUGCUAUUUUUUGGGAAGUACACAGCUCAAAAUGGAAAGCCUAACACCAGCUUUGCAACACUGUGGAUAUUUCCUCCUUGGUAAACAGAAUACACUGGUGGUGUUAGUAGUAAAUCAAUAAUUAUACCAAUUCCUAAAGUAUCAAAUCCCUCUGUGCUGAAUGACUAUCGCCCUGUCGCUUUGACAUCCUUAGUUAUGAAAUGCCUUGAGAAAAUUGUGAAAAGUCAUAUUCUCAGUGUCACCCAGAAGCUCCUCGACCCAUUUCAGUUUGCCUAUCAGACCAGCAGAGGAGUUGAUGAUGCCAUUCUUACCCUCCUUAACAUGGUCUAUAGACAUCUAGAAGGUGCCAAAUCCCAUGUCAGGGUUCUGUUUGUUGACUUUUCUUCUGCCUUCAACACAAUCCAGCCUUACAUUCUGGCACAGAGACUCAUUCGGGACUUUUCCUUAGAUGGGGGGCUGGUUUUGUGGCUGUUGGACUUCCUGAGCCAACGCUCACAGCGAGUCAAAAUAGGUCCCCAUGUGUCGGAUAUACGCAAUACCAACACAGGCUCUCCUCAGGGAUGUGUUUUGUCCCCACUUCUGUACAUCUUGUACACUAAUAGUUGUACUAGUUCCCAUACUGACAGACACCUCGUUAAGUUCGCUGAUGACACUGCCUUGAUCAGCCUGUUGCAUGAUGACGAGGAACAUCAUGGCCCGGUCCUAGAUGACUUUGUAGAGUGGUGUGAGGAAUCACACUUGGUCCUCAAUACUAACAAGACCAAAGAGAUGUGCAUAGACUUCAGGAAGCGUACAACACCUACCUCUGCAACAUCUAUCAGAGGCCAGAAUAUAGAAAUUGUAGAGGAAUAUAAAUAUCUGGGUGUCUUUUUGGACAGUAAGCUUCAGUGGAGUAAAUGUACAGACCAGAUCUACAAAAAGAGCCAACAGAGACUGUAUUUUCUAAAAAAGUUGGGUUCUUUUAAUAUAGACUGUACUAUAUUGACUCUGUUUUACAAAUCCUUUAUUGAGAGUAUUUUAACUUUUUGUAUUGUUUGUUGGUUUGGCAAUGCCACUGUCAGUCAGAGAAACAUGCUGAGAAGGAUUAUUACCACAGCAAGUAAGGUACUUGGAGUCAAACAGACAGGCCUGGAUGAGAUCUUUAAGGUCAGGGCCCUCCGUAAGGCUCACAAAAUCAUUUUAGACCCAAGUCACCCCCUGUACCUGGACUUUGAAUUACUCCCCUCUGGGCGUAGGUAUAGGGCACCCCUCAGUAGGAAAAAUAGAACGAGACAAUCAUUUGUGCCAGGUGUGAUAUCCCUCUUAAAUAGCUCGGGCAAAUGUUCCCAUUGACCCCGUAAGGCCAGCAGGCUAGUCUUUGUUUUGGAUGUUUUGGAUGUUUUGUUUCUUGUUUCUUAUUUUUGUUGGUGCGUGACUGUUGUUGAGAGUUGUAUUGUCAAUCUUGUUUUGUGUUUAACGCCGCUUUGGAUGUGUGCAUGACACUGCAACAGAAUUUCCCCAUGGGGACAAUAAAGUAAGUAAGUAAGUAAGUAAGUAAGUAGUGACUGACUUUUUUCAUUUUUUAUAUUUUCACCCAGCAGGCCCUUUUGUCCACCAUCCCCUCUUCAUCCCCUAUGUGCCCUGAUCAAAGGUAGUGCACUGUAUAGGGAAUAGGGUACCAUUUGGGAUGCAUAAUGGUUUAUUUCCCGCCUCAUUUCCCUUUCCCCCAGCCAGACUCCAACCUGGCCCUGCUGAGCUGGCGGAUUCUACUGAGGAGAAAUUAUGACCAAUUUGUCGCCAUUAAAUGUGAGAUGCUUAUUUGAUCCACUAAAUGGAUUGAAUUGUGGAAAUUGAAUGUAUAUAUAUUGAAACCAUGUUUGCCUCAGCAAACUCAUUUUGUAAAGAUGAUAACAAUGCAAAUAUGCACAUUUUUAACUGGAGAAAUGUUUGUGGUCUUGAUGUUUGUGCAAAAUAAAUGUAUGUACAGUGCAUUUGGAAAGUAUUCAGAGCCCUUGACUUUUUACACAUUUUGUUACGUUACAGCCUUAUUCUAAAAUUGAUUAAAUACAAAUAUUUCCUCAUCAAUCUACAAACACCCCAUAAUGACAAAGCAAAAACAGAUUUUUAGAAAUGUUUACUAAUUUAUUAAAAAUGAAAAACAGAAAUACCUUAUUUACAUAAGUAUUCAGACCCUUUGCUAUGAUAUUCGAAAUUGAGCUCAGGUGCAUUCUGUUUCCAUUGAUCAUCCUUGAGAUGUUUCUACAACUUGAUUGAAGUCCAUCUGUGGUAAAUUAAAUUGAUUGGACAUGAUUUGGAAAGGUACACACCUGUCUACAUAAGGUCCCACAGUUGACAGUGCAUGUCAGAGCAAAAACCAAGCCAUGAGGUCGAAGGAAUUGUCCGUAGAGCACCGAGACAGGAUUGUGUCGAGGCACAGAUCUGGGGAAGGGUACCAAAACAUUUCUGCAGCAUUGAAGGUCCCCAAGAACACAGUGGCCUCCAUCAUUCUUAAAUGGAAGAAGUUUGGAACCACCAAGACUCUUCCUAGAGCUGGCCGCCCGGCCAAACUGAGCAAUCGGGGGAGAAGGGCCUUGGUCAGAGAGGUGACCAAGAACCCGAUGGUCACUCUGACAGAGCUCCAGAGUUCCUCUGUGGAGAUGGGAGAACCUUCCAGAAGGACAACCAUCUCUGCAGCACUCCACCAAUCAGGCCUUUAUGGUAGAAUGGCUAGACGGAACCCACUCCUCAGUAAAAGGCACAUGACAGCCCGCUUGGAGUUUGUCAAAAGGCACCUAAAGGACUCAAGAUUCUCUGGUCUGAUGAAACCAAGAUUUAACUAUUUGGCCUGAAUGCCAAGCGUCACAUCUGGAGGAAACCUGACACCAUCCCUACAGUGAAGCAUCGUGGCAGCAUCAUGCUGUGGGGAUAUUUUUCAGCAGCAAGGACUGGGAUACUAGUCAGGAUAGAGGGAAAGAUGAACGGAGCAAAGUACAGAGAGAUCCCUGAUGAAAACCUGCUCCAGAGCACUCAGGACCUCAGACAGGGGCGAAUGUUCACCUUCCAACAGGACAAUGACCCUAAGCACACAGCCAAGACAAUGCAGGAGUGGCUUCGGGACAAGUCUCUGAAUGUCCUUGAGUGGCCCAGCCAGGGCCCGGACUUGAACCCGAUCGAUGCAGCGACGCUCCCCAUCCAACCUGACAGAGCUUGAGAGGAUCUGCAGAGAAGAAUGGGAGAAACUCACCAAAUACAGGUGUACCAAGCUUGUAGCAUUUUCUAAAAACCUAUUUUUGCUUUGUCAUUAUAGGAUAUUGUGUAUAUUGAUGAGUGGGGGGAAACAAUUUAAUCCAUUUUAGAAUAAGGCUGUAACCUAACAAAAUGUGGAAAAAGUCAAGGGGUCUGAAUACUUUCCGAAUGCACUGUAUGUCUUUGAUGUCAUGACUGGUACCAGUUUUGAAGAGACCAGUGACAUAUCAAAACAUAUAAAUUAACUUUUGAUGACAGAUAUGUUUUUCACUGAUAUUGAUCACUUUACGACAGCAUACAUUUUUCAUAUAAUGAGAAAGUAGUCCAAUGAUUUCCUGGAAAUCUUUUUGGAAAAGCUCAGUGGAUUUAUUCUGGUCAGACUGUUAGCUCAAACAAUGCAUUUAGCCAAAAGGUGGAGUGUCCACUAUGAGAUGAAAUGAGGUACAGUACUUGCUCAACCUCUGAAAAAGAGGUCCAGGAGGUAUCCUUAUCUCCCCAGCAGAACUGGCAACCAGGGACUGGCAGAGAUAAGUAAACUAAUCACUCAGCCACAAAAUGUGUGCGUCCCAAAUGGCACCAUAUUCCUAUUAUAGGGUACUACUUUUGACCAGGGCCCAUAAAGUACUGCACUAAAUAGGCAACAGGGUGCAGGGCUUUCCUAUGUGCCUGAACUGAAUGAGAAUCUUUCGGCUUCCCACAUUGAUAUUUUAAGACAACCAGUAGGUAUAGAUGUCUACAGAUUCAAGAAAACAACUGCUGCGAUUAUUUGUAUUGCUUUGUAAGAAGUGAGACAGAAAAGGGAUAAAACACCCUGUGUACAUAUUUGUCUGUACUUCUACACUUUGUCAAACUGGCAAUGAACUGUGUAUACACUGAAAUAGGUAGUGAUAGGAAGGUGCUUUCAUAGUGUGGGUAGUAGCCUACUGUGCAUAACAUAAGACAGUGAUGCAAUCAUAAACGAUUACAGUCACCAGUACUACAGAGGGUUUUCCUUAAGGCGGCAGGUAGCUUAGCGGUUAGACCGUUGGGCCAAUAAAUGAAAGGUCGCUGGUGAAAAAUCAGUUGAUGUGCCUUUGAGCAAGGCACUUAACCCUACUUUGCUCCAGGGGCACCGUAUUACUAUGGCUGACCCUGUAAAACAACACAUUUAACUGAACCUAUCCGUGUAUGUGACAAUAAAACAUACAUAUUUUAUUUUGAAGCAGAAAUAGAUUUUUAUAAAAUACCUUUUUUUACUAUUGUCCAUUAUUCAUCCAGGGUCCUAUCCUCAGGAGAUUCCCUGUAGUCCUACCGUGGCGUUUAACACAUUACUGGUGCAGCACUGUGUAAUAUGCUUUAAAAUACUGCUUUUUUGGUCCAACAAAAUGUGGAAAAAGUCAAGGGGUGUGAAUACCUUCUGAAGGUACUGUACUUUACUGUGACCUUACACUUUGCAGUUUCCUUGGGUAUUUGAGUAUAUAAAAUGCCGAAAGAAUGAGAUGGGAACCAAAACCACUUAAAGAGAAAAUGUGUUGUACUGUAUAUGUAAUGAUGUAAUUAUAAGGCUUUUAAACUGGAUGCAGCAGGGGAAGCGCUUUCCUGCUCUUUCCUCACCCGCAUUCUUCCAGCUAAUGGUGUAAUUUAGUCUGGAAACAAAAACAAAUAACUGUAUUUUGUCACGCAGCUGCUUUUUAAAAUUUGAUUAUUAUUAUAUUUUAUAGGGGGUAGAUCAGCUUUAAUAUUGCAGAUAGAUUGUGGGUUCUAACAAUAUAAUUGUCUGCAUAAUUUCCAAUCCCCCAUAUAUUAAAAAAUAUAUAUUUUCCCCUAACCCUACCACCCCUCCGCAGAUGUUUAGCUAGUUUUAAUAUCUCUCUCUCUCUCUGAACUCCAUAAGUAUUGAGUGACUUGAUAGAAGAUAAUGCUUACUCAGUUUGUCAGUUUAAAAGGCAAAGAUGCUAGAUAGAACACUAGUAUAUGUCAGGGUUAGCAUGGAGACUUGACACAAGCAGGAAUAUUACAAGCCGACAGUUGCCUAGGCAUUUAGUUCAUCCCCAUUCUGGGUGGAUUACAUGUGCAUUAUCAAGAUGUUGAUUUGAAUGUGCCUUUAGCUUUAAUUCAGGUUAAUCUGACUAUACCCUCACAGGAAACGAGGACUGAACUGUAUAAGCUUUCUGUAAGAGUUUAAGCUUAAUGCUGUUAAAUACAGUAUACAAUACUUAAUUCACUAAAUACAGUAUAGUGAAUGCAAGGCAAAUACAGACAUAUUUCAAAUGAAACAUUUCCCUUCUGCGUAAUACAAUACCUCUAAAGACACUGUAUUCUGGAAGGUAAAUAACGUCCCUCACCAUCUUGAAGUAGAGACAUAUCAGUUGAUAUUUGCAGCUUUCCUCCACCUGUCAAAUACCACUACCUCAGAUAUCUCUGGAGACAGGAUCCCCUAUUACAGUCAGUCAGUCCUCUAGUUAUAGUUAGCUAUUAGGCUGAGUUGACAUACUUUCUCUCUCCCAUUCAUUGCCUUCUCAACCUAAUGAAAUGACACUAUUUGGUCUUAUUGUAGUGCACUGUUGACACUUUUUAUAAUUUAAUAUCACACGAUCACAGCUACCCCAAACCCAAGCCUAUUAGACAUGGAGAAUCACAUUAUGUACAUUACAUGCUAAGGAUAAAAUCUGAUAUCACAUCAUCAUAUUCCAGUGUGAUUCUUUUAAAACUCCACAGGCAAAUUGGUUAAUUCCGUCAUUGUUAAUGAAGCAUGUUUAAUAGAAUAAUGAAAUUAGGCAUGGCAAGGAAAGUGAAAAGCACCCGCUUCCCAUCCAAUGUGUGAAGCCUGACAGCUAUGGAUAAUCUCAUUCGCUAAGCAUAAUUAAUAAAAAGUGGUGUGAUUUUCUCUAAUGCGUACUGUCUUUCCUCAAGGGCAAGAGCAAUGCUGAACUACUUGGACAAUUUAUAGCUGACGGUAGCGACAAUAGUCACCAACGCUAUUCCUCUAGAUCUAAAGCAGUUAAAAUCAUUUAAGAACAUUCGGAUUCAUUAUUAUCAUACACAUCAAUAUAUUACAUGUACACUGUACACUACCGGUCAAAAGUUUUAGAACACCUACUCUUUCAAGGAUUUUUCUUUAUUUGUACUAUUUUCUACAUUGUAGAAUAAUAGUGAAGACAUCAAAACUAUGAAAUAACACAUAUGGAAUCAUGUAGUAACCAAAAAAAGUGUUAAACAAAUCAAAAUAUAUUUUAUAUUUGAGAUUCUUCAAAUAGCCACCCUUUGCCUUCAUGACAGCUUUGCACACUUUCAGCUUUACUCAUCAGGUUUGCAUUGUUACCAUAAAAGUGUUACCUUCAGUCCAUUUCAUUACUUUCUUUUCUUUAUUUUUUCUGGAAGUAGUAUUUGGGCUCAGAAUAUAUUGAGUUGAAUAUAAAUAAUAUGCAGUACAGGUAUUUCAUACACUGAAUAAAAAUAUCAACCCAACAUGCAACAAUUUCAAAGAUUUUACUGAGUUACAGUUAAUGUAAGGAAAUCGGUCAAUUGAAAUGAUUUCAUUAGGCCCUAAUCUAUGGAUUUCACAUGACUGGGAAUGCAGAUACAGUGCAUUCGGAAAGUAUUCAGACCCCUUGAUUUUUUUUCACAUUUUGUCACGUUACAGCCUUAUUAUAAAUUGAUUAAAUCGUUUUUUCCCCUCAUCAAUCUACACUCAAUACCCCAUGAUGACAAAGCAAAAACAGUUUUUUUUGCAAAUGUAUUAAAAAUAAAAAAAUAAAAAUAUCACAUUUACAUAAGUAUUCAGACCCUUUACUCAGUACUUUGUUGAAGCACCUUUGGCAGCCUCAAGUCUUCUUUGGUAUGACGCUACAUGCUUGGCACACCUGUAUUUGGGGAGUUUCUCCCAUUCUUCUCUGCAGAUCCUCUCAAGCUUUGUCAGGUUGGAUGGGGAGAUUCGCUGCACAGCUAUUUUCAGGUCUCUCCAGAGAUGUUCGAUCGGGUUCAAGUCCGGGCUCAGGCUGGGCCACUCAAGGACAUUCGUAGACUUGUCCUGAAGCCACUCCUGCGUUGUCAUGGCUGUAUGCUUAGGGUUGUUGUCCUGUUUGAAGGUGAACCUUUGCCCCAAUCUGAGGACCGAAAUGCUCUGGAGCAGGUUUUCAUCAAGGAACUAUCUGUGCUUUUCUCCAUUCAUCUUUCCCUCGAUCCUGACUAGUCUCCCAGUCCCUGCCACUGAAAAACAUCCCCACAGCAUGAUGCUGCCACCACCAUGUUCACCGUAGGGAUGAUGCCAGGUUUGCUCCAGAUGUGAAGCUUGGCAUUUAGGCAGAAGAGUUCAAUCUUGGUUUCAUCAGACCAGUGUGCUGCCAUGUGCCUUUUACUGAGGAGGGGCUUCCGCCUGAUUGGUGGAGUGCUGCAGAGAUGGUUGUCCUUCUGGAAGGUUCUCCCAUCUCCACAGAGGAACUCUGGAGCUCUGUCAGAGUGACCAUCGGGUUCUUGGUCACCUCUCUGACCAAGGCCCUUCUCCCCCGAUUGCUCAGUUUGGCCGGGCGGCCAGCUCUAGGAAGAGUCUUGGUGGUUCCAAACUUCUUCCAUUUAAGAAUGAUGGAGGCCACUGUGUUCUUGGGGACCUUCAAUGCUGCAGAAAUCUUUUGGUAUCUUUCCCCAGAUCUGUGCCUCGACACAAUACUGUCUCGGAGCUCUACGGACAAUUCCUUCAAUGGCUUGGUUUUUGCUCUGACAUGCACUGUCAACUGUUGGACCUAAUAUAGACAGGCCUUUCCAAAUCAUGUCCAAUCGAUUGAAUUUACCACAGAUUGUGAUGCGUGAUUUGAAGGAGUCAGGCGCAGGAGGGUAAAUCACAGUAUACAGAGUUUAUUCCGUAAUCCAGCGUAACCAGUCCAGUGCGCAAAACAGGCGCACUGGAACAAACAUGCACACGGGGAAAAUACCCCGGCAAUACAAAAUACUGAGCUCCACCGAGCUACUGAUCCUCACAAUGAACAAUCACCCACAAGGACAAGGGGGCAGAGGGAACACUUAAACACGUACUAAUGAGGGGAAUAUGAACCAGGUGUGUGUAAUUGACAAAACAAGACAAAUGGAAUGAUGAGAUAUGGAGCGGCAGUGGCUAGAAGGCCGGUGACGACGAAUUCCGAAGCCUGCCCGAACAAGGAGGGGAGGCAGCUUCGGAGGAAGUCGUGACACAGAUGGACUCCAAUGAAGUUGUAGAAACAUCUCAAAGAUGAUCAAUGGAAACAGGAUGCACCUGAGCUCAAUUUCAAGUCUCAUAGCAAAGGGUCUGAAUACUUAUGUAAAUAAGGUAUUUCGUUUUUGAUUUUUUUAUAAAUUUGCAAACAUUUCUAAAAACCUGUUUUCACUUUGUCAUUAUGGGGUAUUUUGUGUAGAUUGAUCAGGAUUUUUAUUUAUUUAAUCAAUUUUAGAAUAAGGCUGUAACAAAAUGUGGAAAAGGGGAAGGGGUCUGAAUACUUUCCGAAUGCACUGUAUGCAUCUGUUGGUCACAGAUACCUAAAAAAAAAGUUAGGGGCGUGUAUCAGAAAACCAGUAAGUAUCUGGUGUAACCACCAUUUGCCUCAUGCAGCACGACACAUCUCCUUCGCAUAGAGAUGAUCAAGCUGUUCAUUGUGGCCUGUGGAAUUUUGUCCCACUCCUCUUCAAUGGCUGUGCGAAGUUGCUGGAUAUUGGUGGGAACUGGAACACGCUGUCGUACACAUCGAUCCAGAUCAUCCCAAACAUGCUCAAUGGGUGACGUGUCUGGUGAGUAUGCAGGCCAUGGAAGAACUGGGACAUUUUCAGCUUCCAGGAAUUGUGUACAGAUCCUUGCGACAUGGGGCCGUGCAUUAUCAUGCUGAAACAUGAGGCGAUGGCAGCGGAUGAAUGGCACGACAAUGGGCUUCAGGAUCUUAUCACGAUAUCUCUGUGCAUUCAAAUUGCCAUCGAUAAAAUGCAAUUGUGUUCGUUGUCUGUAGCUUAUGCCUUCCCAUACCAUAACCCCACCGCCACCAUGGGGCACUCUGUUCACAACGUUGACAUCAGCAAACCGCUCGCCAACACUACGCCAUAAAAGCUGUCUGCCAUCUGCCCGGUACAGUUGAAACCGGGAUUCAUCUGCGUAGAGCACACUUCUCCAGCGUGCCAGUGGCUAUCGAAGAUGAGCAUUUGCCAACUGAAGUUGGUUACAACACCGAACUGCAGUUAUGUCAAGACCCUGGUGAGGAUGACGAGCACCCAGAUGAGCUUCCCUGAAACGGUUUCUGACAGUUUGUGCAGUUUGACAGUGCAUGUCAGAGCAAAAACCAAGCCAUGAGGUUGAAGGAAUUGUCCGUAGAGCUCCGGAAUAGGAUUGUGUCGAGGCACAGAUCUGGGGAAGGGUACCAAAAAAUGUCUGCAGCAUUGAAGGUCCCCAAGAACACAGUGGCCUCCAGCAUUCUUAAAUGGAAGAUGUUUGGAACAUCCAAGACUCUUCCUAGGGCUGUCCGCCCGACUAAAUUGAGCAAUCGGGGGAGAAGGGGCUUGGUCAGGGACGUGACCAAGAACCCGAUGGUCACUCUGACAGAGCUCCAGAGUUCCUAUGUGGAGAUGGGAGAACCUUCCAGAAGGACAACCAUCUCUGCAGCACUCCACCAAUCAGGCCUUUAUGGUAGAGUGGCUAGACGGAAGCCAAGCCUCACAUUUGGAGAAAACCUGGCACCAUCCCUACGGUGAAGCAUGGUGGUGGCCUCAUCAUGCUGUGGGUAUGUUUUUCAGCUGCAGGGACUGGGAGACUAGUCAGGAUCGAGGGAAAGAUGAACGGAGCAAAGUACAGACAGAUCCUUGAUGAAAACUUGCUCCAGAGCGCUCAGGACCUCAGACUGGUGCGAAGGUUCACCUUCCAACAGGUAAACGACGCUAAGCACACAGCCAAGACAACGCAGGAGUAGCUUCGGGACAAGUCUCUGAAUGUCCUUGAGUGGCACAGCCAGAGCCCAGACUUGAACCCGAUCGAACAUCUCUGGAGAGACCUGAAAAUAGCUGUGCAGCGAAUCUCCUCAUCCAACCUGACAGAGCUUGAGAGGAUCUGCAGAGAAGAAUGAGAGGAACUCCCAAAUACAGGUGUGCCAAGCUUGUAGCGUCAUACCCAAGAAGAAUCGAGGCUGUAAUCUCUGACAAAGGUGCUUCAACAAAGUACUGAGUUAAGGGUCUGAAUACUUAUGUAAAUGUGAUAUUUCAGCUUUUUAUUUUAUAAAUUUGCUAAAAUUUCUAAAAACCUGUUUUUGCUUUGUCAUAAUGGGUUUUGUGUGUAGAUUGAGGAGGGGAAAAAACAAUUUAAUCGAUUUGAGAAUAAGGCUGUAACGUAACAAAAUGUGGAAAAAGUCAAGAGGUCUGAAUACUUUCCGAAUGCACUGUAUGUACAUUAUAUGAAUCUAUAUCCAACCCUGUUCCAUCAUGACAAAAACUAUUUUGGAGAUGACAUAAUGGUGCGUAAUAUACUGUAAUGUAGGUUAACAUGUCUGGGGUUUCGCCUGGGGUUUUGUCAUGUUUUGUGUGGAUUCCCCAGUAACUGUCUGUCUCUGUUGUUGUGUUUCAGAGAGAACCAGUAUGCUGUCAUCCUUCAUCGGCCCCAUGAAGAUUAGAGAUACUGGGACAACAACAUCAAAAGACGAUGGAGGCACUUCAAGUAAUUUAUUUAUGUAUUUUCCUUUGAACGCUAUUCACUCACACCACAUUUCAAUCAGAGUAGCACACCAGCAAUUUAUCAGUUUAUACUUUCAAUUUACAGCUUUUGCUAAGCUUUCCCAUUUCGGUAGUUUGGCCUUUUCUUAAAAAUCUCAUAAACGUAAUGUGAAACUUCAUGGCGGUUUCCUCAAAUAUGUUUGUUCUUGUCUUGAUUGGGGAACAGAUAGCAGCAGCGUUGAGGUGAAGGAGAAUCGUCACAGCAGAAACCAAGUGGACUAUUCCACCAUACAACAGCCUGCACAUCAUCCAUCAGCUCUUUACACUGACAUCUCCAGAAGGCUCUCCAGGACUACUGGUCUACAGAGGAAGCAGCCAUUGAUGGAAGGAAAAGACAGGCUUCUCUAUGAACUCCAGUUGAUCUGUAAGAGGACGGCCCAUUGUUUUACGUCAGAUAGCGCAACGACUAUGUCUGCACUGUCGGUUGAGGGAGGACCAUCACCUGGGAGUGACGCCACCUGUUGGAAGACAAUGAGGACUUCCUGGUCUGUCACAAAGAAGAACGCCCUGGUGCAGUUGAACGAGCUGAGACCAGGUCUACAGUAUGAGAUAGCAUCCUGGACAGGGCCAGUUCACGCCCCUGUGUUCACUGUAGGAGUAGAGGUGAACGGCCUCAGGUUCGAGGGCCGAGGCCCCACCAAGAAGAAGGCUAAGAUGAAGGCAGCAGAGAUGGCUCUUAGGUCCUUCAUCCAGUUCCCCAACGCCCCUCAGGCUCACAUCACCAUGGGAAACCUAAACUUUAUCAACACCACAGCACCAACAGACUUCACCUCAGACCAGGCCGAUCUCGUCCCUGACACGCUCUUCAAGGAGUUUGAGCCAGAAGCACAGGAAGACCAAUUCCUUUACCACAGGACAGACGGAAAGGAGUUGCCAUUUGAGGAGCCACCAGCGCAGGGAGAUACACAACUCCUGUAUCACAGCCACAGGACAGGGGAAAAGGGACAGGAGUUGCUCUCCAGCAUUUGUAACCAUGGGAGACUGGUAUGCCUGACCCUUGACCUGAUGUCCUCAGCCAAUAGAAAGAGGCAGAGAAUUGGUUCCUCCAUUGUUGAAGAACUGAGGCCUGUGGCUCUGCUCAAUGAGUUAAGGCCAGGCCUGAGGUACGUCUGCCUGACGGAGAGAGUGCGGGGCAGGCCGAUCAGGAGCUUUGUGAUGGCAGUGUGGGUGGAUGGGAGGAUAUUUGAGGGCUGUGGCCGCAGUAAGAGACUGGCUCAAGCCCAGGUAGCAGCCUCAGCCCUACAGGACCUGUUUAACAUCAGUCUGGGGCCUGAGAGGAGCAUCAGUCAUACUGCCAGCUGGGCCAAGAGCUCUCAGCUACCUCAGGUGGGUACCUUACCUUCACUGGCUUACUGUAGGAGUUCUGAGCUGAACUCUAACCAUAAUCCUAACUCUGUUUUGUCUAGCUAUAGGGGAGAAUUCUUAAAUCUCAAUUCAUUUUGCAAUAAGUACCAAGCCUUGCUUGCUGUUCAAUGUCUUUCCAAUGUUGAGAUGCAGUGUUUCAAUUUGCUGUAAUUUGGAUAUAACAAUCACAGUGCAUGACGUUUUUGAUUCCUCCAAGUCAUUCACAUCCUCAUUGAAGUGCCCAGGUUGAACAGGGUUAUUGAACAUGCCCUGUCCAUUGCCCCCGUAGCUGCAGCAUGGCCAUCCAACCCAUCUUAUAAAUGGUCAUACUGAAUAUAGCUAAGAGGUGCUCAGACUGCCACCAAAUGGAGUGAAUCUUAUCAAUAUGCAUUUCAUGUCCAGGAGCCUCAGGACUAACGCUAUCCUGGCUUGCAUGCCCAACCACAGCAGCUUAACAACCCUGUUAUGUCUGUCUGGCCUCAGAAAAGCUGCUCCUUUUGUCAUCUUUUGCCAUGCUUUAGAACAGUAGUAUUCAAUCUUUGUUAGUGGGGACCGAUUUUUUUUUCUUCCAAGAAUUUCUUGUGACCCCACCCCACCCCACCCCAAAUCUAAUGACACAACCUUAAAAUCGGUAAAUUACAACAAAUAACCUUCAAUUCAUUGCACUUUAUCUCUUAUAAAAAUGAAAAGAAACCAAUAAAUACAUUUACUCAAUAGACAUUUAUUUUUCUAAUGACCUUAUUCAAAAACGUUUGUAUAUUGUCCCAUACAAUAAUCUGUACUCUUCUUUUUUUUCUCAAAAAAAUACAUAUUUUCUUAUCUGCCCUCAUAUUUAGUCUCACAUUGAAGUGUUUUACCAUUUUAUUUUCAGGACAACCAGGGCUACAAGUAGAAGGUAAAACAAUUUGACAUUGGUCAAUAUAACUCAUGAAUAAAGCUGUCAAUGUCAAUUAAAGAAAGGUCUGCCAAGCCAAAACCUGAUAAAAACAAUAUUUACACUACCGUUCAAAUUUUUCGAAUGCCAAGAGUGUGCAAAGCUGUCAUCAAGGCAAAGGGUGGAUACUUUGAAGAAUCUCAAAUAUAAAAUAUGUUUUGAUUUGUUUAACACUUUUUUGGUUAGUACAUGAUUCCAUAUGUGUUAUUUCAUAGUUUUGAUGUCUUCACUAUUAUUCUACAAUGUAGAAAAUAGUAAAAAUAAAGAAAAACCCUUGAAUGAGUAGGUGUGUCCAAACUUUUGUCUGGUGCUGUAUCUCAAUCGUAUCAAGGACAUUUCCCUCAACAAAGUAUUUAUCAGCUAAAUCAGUGCUUGUCGGGGGCGCCGUGAGAGUUAUUUAAGAUACUCUUCAAAGAGUACCUUCGAACGACUCUUGUUUGGCUUGUGAUAGUGCAAAGCAGGUUACAUGCGUCUCCGUGAGAGAUGGAUCACAAAAAUGUGUAGCUCAAACCGUUCAGACUUUACAGACAUUUUUGUGAGAAGAACCGUUUUCAGGAUCCACCCUUGUCUCACAAACACCACUCUGGCUCAGCCCCCAUUAAUCACACAGACUAAUGGUUGGUAUCAGCGGAUGCAGAAUAAAUAGGUGAAUCCAAUGCAAUAACCCAUCAGUAAAACACACAAUGUUUCAAAGGGGUUAGAAGUCCAAAACGCGCCGGUGUCACAGUGAGACUGUAGGAUGAACCUUAUCAUCACAACCUAUUAGCGAUCAAGGAGGAGCCCCAGACUGAAGGAGAUUUAAAUUAAGAGGAUGUCACGCCCUGGCUCUGGGGACUCUAGUAUGUUGAGCCAGGGUGUGAGUUUUCAUUUGUUUUUCGUUCUAGUCUAUGUUGGCCAGUGUGGUUCUCAAUCAGAGGCAAUGUGUAUCAGCUGUUGCUUGUUGUCUCUGAUUGGGAACCAUACUUAAGCAGCCAGUUUUCCCACAGUGGUUGUGGGAUCUUGUUCCUGUAUAGGUUUGUGUUUUGCACCUUUAGACGUCACGUUAUCGUUUGUUGUUUUUGUUCGUGUUAUCAUUCAAAUUAAAUAAAUAUGUUCACCUUCCACGCUGCGCCUUGGUCCUCUGUACCCGACGAUCGUGACAGAAGAUCCCACCAAGACAGGACCAAGCAGCGUGAAGAGGAGAGAGGAUGGACCUGGGAUCAGUUGAGUAGGAGUCUCGACUGGGCCAAGCCAAGUGAAGAGCAGAGAGGUUGGACUUUGGAGCAGUGGGGUGAGAGUCUGGCGAGAACUAGGGAGGCCUGGUCCACGGGGAGGAGAGACACCCAGAACAUUUUUAGGGGGGGGCUCACGCCGUGGACGACGGGGCAGCAGGAGGCCGCGAUAGAGCGGUCCAGCGGGUUGGCAGAGGAGGCCGCCAGGUUAAGGGGGCCACUGGUCACAAAGGGGAAGGAAAGUGUAGAGGCACGGCGAGAGGUACUGGGGUGUGUUACCAGUCCGGUCCGGCCCAUUCCUGUUCCCGCGUAGGGCCAGUGGUGUGUGUCCCCAGUACGGUCCGGCCUGUUCCUGUCCCUCGCACCGAGCCUGUGGUGCGCGUCGCCAGCCCAGUCCGGCCUGUUCCUGUCCCUCGCAUCGAGCCUGUGGUGCGCGUCGCCAGCCCGGUCCGGCCUAUUCAUGCUCCCCACAUCGAGCCUGUGGUGCGCUUCGCCAGCCCGGUCCGGCCCGUUCCUGCUCCCCGCACCAAGUCAGUGGUGCGCUUCGUCAGCCCGGUCCGGCCCGCUCCUGCUCCCCGCACCAAGUCAGUGGUGCGCUUCGUCAGCCCGGUCCGGCCCGCUCCUGCUCCCCGCACCAAGUCAGUGGUGCGCUUCGUCAGCCCGGUCCGGCCCGCUCCUGCUCCCCGCACCAAGUCAGUGGUGCGCUUCGUCAGCCCGGUCCGGCCAGCUCCUGCUCCCCGCACCAAGUCAGUGGUGCGCUUCGUCAGCCCGGUCCGGCCCGCUCCUGCUCCCCGCACCAGGUCAGGGGUGCGUUUCGUCAGCCCGGCUCGGCCCGUUCCUGCUCCCCACACCAAGCCAGUGGUGUGCGUCGUCAGUCCGGCACAGCCCGUGCCUGUUCCACCGGUGCCUGGUUCGGCACGGGUCAGCUGCUUCACGCCGGAGCUAGAGCAAUCCGCUCCACCAGUGUGCAGUCCAGCUCCGGUCAGCAGGGCCAGACCGGACCAGGGGUACUUUGGGGGGUUAGAGAGGGAGUGGGGAUCAUGCCCGGAGCCGGAUCCGCCGCCAAGGCGGAGUGCCCACCCGGUCCCUCCCCUGUGGUGUUUGGUUGGCGCGGUCAGAGUCCGCGCCUUUGGGGGGGGGUACUGUCACGCCCUGGCUCUGGGGACUCUAGUAUGUUGAGCCAGGGUGUGAGUUUUCAUUUGUUUUUCGUUCUAGUUUAGUAUUUCUAUGUUGGCCAGUGUGGUUCUCAAUCAGAGGCAACGUGUAUCAGCUGUUGCUUGUUGUCUCUGAUUGGGUACCAUACUUAAGCAGCAGGUUUUCCCACAGUGGUUGUGGGAUCUUGUUCCUGUAUAGGUUUGUGUUUUGCACCUUUAGACGUCACGUUAUCGUUUGUUGUUUUUGUUCGUGUUAUCAUUCAAAUUAAAUAAAUAUGUUCACCUUCCACGCUGCGCCGUGGUCCUCUGUACCCGACGAUCGUGACAGAGGAGGUGUGAAGAGCAUAUUAAUAAUUACUGAAUACGCUCAUUACGCAUCAUUACCCAUUACCUUGUGCCAUCGCCAUUUAGAUAAUGUAAUUUCCCCUUUCCUUUCAUCUCUCCAAGCUUGAUAUCAGGGGAUGGGUGGGCUGAUAUCAGGGGAUGGGUGGGAUGAUAUCAGGGGAUGGGUGGGAUGAUAUCAGGGGAUGGGUGGGAUGAUAUCAGGGGAUGGGUGGGAUGAUAUCAGGGGAUGGGUGGGAUGAUAUCAGGGGAUGGGUGGGAUGAUAUCAGGGGAUGGGUGGGAUGAUAUCAGGGGAUGGGUGGGAUGAUAUCAGGGGAUGGGUGGGAUGAUAUCAGGGGAUGGGUGGGAUGAUAUCAGGGGAUGGUUGGGAUGAUAUCAGGGGAUGGGUGGGAUGAUAUUUACAUUUAAGUCAUUUAGCAGACGCUCUUAUCCAGAGUGACUUACAAAUAGGUGCAUUCAACUUAGGAUAGCCAGUGGGACAACCACCCUUUUUUUUAUGGGGGGAUGGGGAGGGGGGGGGGGGGGUGGUUGAAGGAUUACUGUUAUACUAUUCCAGGUAUUCCUUAAAGAGGUAGGGUUUCAAGUGUCUCCGGAAGGUGGUCAUUGACUCCGCUGUCCUGGUGUCAUGGGGGAGCUUGUUCCAACAUUGGGGUGCCAGAGCAGCGAAUAGCUUUGACUGGGCUGAGCAGGAACUUUGCUUCCGUAGAGGUAGGGGGGCUAGCAGGCCAAAGGUGGAUGAAGGUAGUGCCCUCGUUUGGGUGUAGGGUCUGAUCAGAGCCUGAAAGUAAGGAGGUGCCGUUCCCCUCAAAACUCUGUAGGCAAGCACCAUGGUUUUGUAGUAAAUGCGAGCUUCAACUGGAAGCCAGUGGAGUGUGUGGAGGAGCGGGGUGACAUGAGAGAACUUGGGAAGGUUGAACACCAGACGGGCUGCAGCGUUCUGGAUAAAUUGUAGGGGUUUAAUGGCACAGGCAGGGAGCCCAGCCAACAGCGAGUUGCAGUAAUCCAGACGGGAGAUGACAAGUGCCUGGAUUAGGACCUGUGCCGCUUUCUGUGUAAGGUAGGGUCGUAUUCUGCGAAUGUUGUAGAGCAUGAACCUGCAGGAUUGGGUCACCGCUUUGAUGUUGGCGGAGAACGACAGGGUGUUGUCCAGGGUCACGCCAAGGUUCCUUGCACUCUGGGAGGAGGACACAAUGGAGUUGUCAACCGUGAUGGCGAGAUCAUGGAGUGGGCAGUCCUUCCCCGGGAGGAAGAGCAGCUCCGUCUUGCCGAGGUUCAGCUUGAGGUGGUGAUCCGACAUCCACACUAAUAUGUCCGCCAGACAAGCAGAGAUGCGAUUCGCCACCUGGUUAUCAGAAGGGGGAAAGGAGAAAAAUAAUUGUGUGUCGUCUGCGUAGCAAUGAUAGGAGAGACCAUGUGAGGAUAUGACAGAGUCAAGUGACUUGGUGUAUAGAGAGAAUAGGAGAGGGCCUAGAACUGAGCCCUGGGGGACACCAGUGGUGAGAGCACGUGGUGCGGAGACAGAUUCUCGCCACGCCACCUGGUAGGAGCGACCUGUCAGGUAGGAUGCAAUCCAAGAGUGAGCAGCGCCGGAGAUGCCCAACUCGGAGAGGGUGGAGAGGAGGAUCUGAUGGUUCACAUUAUCAAAGGCAGCAGAUAGGUCUAGAAGGGCAGAGGAGAGUUAGCUUUAGCAGUGCGGAGAGCCUCCGUGACACAGAGAAGAGCAGUCUCAGUUGAAUGACCAGUCUUGAACGAUAUCAGGGGAUGGGUGGGAUGAUAUCAGGGGAUGGGUGGGACGAUAACUUGAAUGAUCAUGUAUUGUAUGUAUUAUGUAAAUUAAGUGGAUGAGUUAGCCCCCCAAAAAAUAUAGUCUCAUCAUUCCCAAAUAUACUCUCAAUAUAAUGCUCAUCUAAUACUGUAUGUCUCAUGGAGAGUUGACAGAGAAGAAACCUCUGUCAGAGUAAUUGAAAGCACUGUCACAGUGUGCGUCACAGUGUGCGUCCCAAAUGACACCCUAUUUCCUAUAUAAUGCACUACUUUUGACAAGAGCCCAUAUGGGACGCAGGCUUGUGUCACAUCCACCAUACCUGAUGAUCGAUGUCAACUAUUAUCUGGUUGUUUUGGUGACUGUGAUAUUGAUUUAGCAACUAGUGGGCAAACGUUUGUUUGCUCUACUAUCUGUUUAUGUAGAUGUGAAUACAGCUGUUAUCUUGACCACUCUCUGUUUGAUUUGGAAGUAAUCCAUUAACUUGUGUGAUUGCAGUGCUUUGCAGAGUCAAUCUUCCACUUGGUGAGAGAGAAACACAGUGAGCUAGCUGACUGUUGCUGCACUACCUCCCAGUCACACAGCCGUUACAAAGUACUGGCAGGCAUCGUAAUGACUAGAGGUAGGCUAUGGGCUGCAUCCAAAUGGUACCCUAUUCCCUAUAUAUAAUACUCUACUUUCAACCAGCGCCCAUAGGGCUCUGGUCAAGUAUUGCAUUAUGUAGGGAACAGGGUGCCAUUUGGAAUGCAACCAUAAUGACACUUUUCAUUGACUUGUAAUACCACAUUUAAAUAUGUUUCUAAUUUAAAGAGAAAUGAUGCAUCUCUCUUUAAUACAACUGUAGAUACCAGCAUCAAAAUGUAUGAUAAUUCAUAAAUUAUUCAAAUGCCUUUGAAUAUAGGCCUUUAUAGGCCUAGAUGUGACAUUCCCACAUCAACAGUAUGCCAGUCAACUGGGAGUGCAUAUUAGUGACUUCAGUUGAAGCCAGCAUGGUUUGGUUAUUCGCAAACCUGAACAUCUAGGAAACUCUCAUCAGACAGUAGACACUCCUUGGAUCUUAUAGAAUACCUAAGAUGAGAGAGUGGGCAAAACCAUAGAAUUACAAUGAAUUAUAUUUUAUUCAUUCUAUUUCUAUGGGCACAGCGCUUCACAGGUAUUGCCGUCCCAAAAGGCAGUGAAUCCAAUAGGAAUCCCUCCCAGACUUUCAUUCAUAUAGAAGACCUCACAAGAAAAGAAGCAGUUGCUCAGCUUGCUCUGCAACACAAGAUGCAACUUUAUACCAUCACGAUUGAUGAGAUAAGACAGUCAUUACCAUCUUUGUAAAUAUUUCAUGAGGUGCUGUAGUAAGACAACAACUUAGUUGUUGGGUCUUACCUGGUUAAAUAAAGGUUAAAUAAAAUAAAAUAAAAUAGUAGGACACUGGAGCAUUAAAUUCUGUCCUGUUAGUCAUUUCUUAUUCAGAACCAUUUAUUUAGUAAUCUUAGUCUAUUACAGUGAUAUUUUCAUUAGAUGAAGUUGUUUGUAAGGACAUUUCCUGUUUGAGGCCAAAUUACUGUAACUGAUAUCCAAAAAGACAAGCGUCUGGAUGUAUCCCAAAUGGCACCCUAUUCUAUUCCCUAUGUAGUGCACAACCUUUGGCCAGGACCCAUGGGCUCCAAAGAAGUAAAACAAAAAAGGGCAUUAUAUAGGGAAUAGGGUACCAUUUGGGACGUGGACAAGACUCUCAACGCUAUUGUAUAAGUGUUCCUUGCAGUUUUGUUUGUUGUUGGUUAGUAAGAGACAUUGUGUAUUGUUCCCUGCCCAGGUUUUGAUGUGAGGCGAGGCCAGGUGGUGUCUCUGGGGACAGGGACCAAGUGUUUCAGUGGAGCGUGUGUCAGUGACCAGGGAUGGACGGUUAAUGACUGCCAUGCUGAGGUCAUCACCAGGAGGGCUUUCCUCCGCUUCCUCUACACCCAACUGGAGCUCUUCCUCUGGUAAUAUACUGUAGGUUAUAAACUGGGUGGUUUGAGCCCUGAAUGCUGAUUGGCUGACAGCCAUGGCAUAUCAGACCGUAUACCACUGUUAUGACAAAACAUUUAUUUUUACUGCUCUAAUUACGUUGGUAACCAGUUUAUAAUAGCAAUAAGGCACCUCUGGGGUUUGUGAUAUAUGGCCAAUAUACCAUGGCUAAGGGCUGUAUCAAGGCACUCCGUGUUGCGUCGUACAUAAGAACAGCCCUUAGUCGUUGUAUAUUGGCCAUAUACCACACCCCUCGGGCCUUAUUGCUUAAUUAUAUACUAUAAACUGUACUGUAAUAAACUGUAUAUAUACUGUCAUAUACUGUAUCUUUACACAAGGGAAAGCGUCCCAAAUGGUACCCUAUUCCCUAUAUAGUGCAAUACUUUUGAACAGGUUUCUGGGCUCCGGUAAAAAGUAGUGCACUAUAAAGGGAAUAGGGUGUCAUUUGGGACACAUACAAGGCCUCAACCCUGAGGAUGAAGUUGAAUAAUCUUUGCUUGUAUACUUUUAAAUGGAAGUUGCAAGUGAAACAUUUUAUAUCAGCUAUUACCUAUCUGCGCUGAUGUUUUGGUGCCAUAUUAAAAAGAGCCACUUGUAAAUGUUAUUUUAUGCCCGUGCACCAUCACUCCAGAAUCAAUUUUGAUUCUUGAUUAACACAUUGUACUAAAGGUGCUUUUUAAAUCCCUGAAUAACUAAACGUGUUUCCAUCAACGUCAAGUGCACAAGGAUGAUUGAAGUAGAGAAAUGUUUAACAUAAAACACCCUUUUCAUCUCAAAAUACACUACAUGACCAAAAGUAUGUGGACACCGGCUCGUCGAACAUCUCAUUCCAAAGUCAUGGGCAUUAAUAUGGAGUUGGUCCCCCUUUGCUGCUAUAACAGCCUCCACUCUUCUGGGAAGGCUUUCCACUAGAUGUUGGAACAUUGCUGCGGGGCUUCCAUUUAGCCACAAGAGCAUUAGUGAGGUCGGCACUGAUGUUGGAUGAUUAGGCCUGGUUCGCAGUCGGCGUUCCAAUUCAUCCAAAAGGUGUUCGAUGGGGUUGAGGUCAGGGCUCUGUGCAGGCCAGUCAAGUUCUUCCACACCGAUCUCGACAAACCAUUUCUGUAUGGACCACGCCUUGUGCACAGGGGCAUUGUCAUGCUGGAACAGGAAAGGGCCUUCCCCAAACUGUUGCCACAAAGUUGGAAGCACAGAAUCGUGUAGAAUGUCAUUGUAUGCUGUAGUGUUAAGAUUUCCCUUCAUUGGACCUAAGGGGCCUAGCCCAAACCAUGAAAAACAACCCCAGACCAUUAUUCCUCCUCCACCAAACUUUACAGUUGGCACUAUGAAUCGGGGAAGGUAGCGUUCUCCUGGCAUCCGCCAAACCCAGAUUCGUCCGUCGGAAUGCCAGAUGGUGAAGCGUGAUUCAUCACUCCAGAGAACGCGCUUCCACUGCUCCAGAGUCCAAUGGCGGUGAGCUUUACACCCCUUCAGCCGACACUUGGCAUUGCGCAUGGUGAACUUAGGCAUGACGUUGCUUCCAGAGGCAGUUUGGAACUCGGUAGUGAGUGUUGCAACUGAGUACAAAUUAUUUUUACGUGCUACGCGCUUCAGCACUCGGCGGUCCCAUUCUGUGAGCUUGUGUGGCCACUUCACAAUAACAGCACUUACAGUUGACUGGGGCAGCUCUAGCAGGGCGGAAAUUUGAUGAACUGACUUCCUAUGAUGGUGCCAUGUUGAAAGUCUCUGAGCUCUUCAGUAAGGGCAUUCUACUGCCAAUGUUUGUCUAUGGAGAUUGCAUGGGCGUAUUUUAUACACCUGUCAGCAAUGGGUAUGGCUGAAAUAGCCGAAUCCACUAAUUUUAAGGGGUGUCCACAUACUUUUUGUAUAUAUAGUGUAGAUUUAUUUGGGUGAUUAGGCUACAUGUGACAAUUUAUUUGAAAGUUCAUACUCAAAAUGAUCAUAACAACAUCAUUUCCUUGUUUAGUAACUGGCCAGACAGUUUGGAGAAGUCAAUCUUUGUGCGAGACAAAGAGUCUGGGUACAGACUGAGAGAUGGUAUUCUGUUCCAUAUGUAUGUGAGCUCAUCGCCCUGUGGAGACGCACGCCUCAACUGCCCCUACGAGGUAACAGCUACACGUAAGAAAUGUCUACAUUUUUAUUUCACUUUAUUUCAUUCAUACUUGCAGUCGACAAGACUGAAUUAAGAAGAAUGUACAGUUACAUUAAAACAAUGCUUUAAAUUAUCUACCUGUACUGUGAUUCGUAGAGCAGGUUUGCAUUUGUUGGUGCUACAUCAGUUGUCUCCUCCCUCAGACCACAGCUGGCACAGAUUUGUAAGGAAGUUGCGCUGCCAUCUGAGGAUGAAGAUGGAAGGCGGUGAGGGUACACUUCCUGUCAGCGUACGGCGAGCCAAUCAGAAAUGGGACAGGGGGUUGCCGAGGGAACCUCCCGUCACCAUGUCCUGCACAGAUAAAAUGGCCAGGUGAGCAGCAGCUAGACAGUGACAAUUUUCACUGAGUCACAAACGUAUAACAUACUGUAUAAAGGGGGCUUGUCUUUCUCCCUUUGUUCCAAUGGGAAUGUUCCAGGCUGCAUCUCAAAUGGCACCCUUUUCCUUAUAUAGUGCACCACUUUUGACAAGGACCCAGGGGAUCUGGUCGAAAGUAGUGCACUAUAUAGGGAAUAGGGUGCCAUUUGGGACGCUGCUCCUAGUCCUGCUUGAUCUCUAGCCUUAUUGCUUGUAUCUCCAGGUGGAAUGUUCUUGGUCUCCAGGGCUGUCUCCUGUCUCACCUGGUGGAGCCGGUGUACCUCCACAGCCUCACUGUGGGCAGCCUGUGCCACACGGGUCACCUGGGAAGGACCAUGGCACGACGCAUGGGGCACAUCGCCCCCCUGCCCUCCUCCUAUAGACACAACAGGCUACUCCUCGGCUGUAAGUCACCCAGAUCUAAGAGAUGAUAACAUCAUAUGGUUACUUCAGAUAUUUAGGUUCACAUUACAUGUCUAGGAGUCAGAUCAUUGGGCAGUAACUCAGGGUUAAAAAUGUUAGAAGGAGGAAAGGAAAGGUCAUGAGGUCAUUCUGUUACCUUGCCUGGUGAAGACGUUCCUCUCGUUCCCUACGGUGAGGACCACCUGAGCGUGACUCUGUUCCAGGACAAACACCUCGUUCUUCCAGAUGUUCUUCAUGGUCUUGUCUCUUCCACUAUGCCUCUAUGCUGGCUCAUGAUGUGGUAUCUGAAGAGUGCAUGUUAAGUACGUACCUGUCCCUCUCUGCUCUCCCUCCUGACCCCAGUCUCAUCUCUGUGUGGUCUCCAGGCCUCAGCAGCAGUGAGGGUCGGCAUCCAGGGAAGUCCCCCAGCUUCAGUGUGAACUGGAGUGCUGGAGAUGGGGAGCUGGAGGUGGUGGAUACCUCAACAGGCAGGAGGAAAGACUCAGGGACACCAUCCAGACUCUGCAAGAGAUCCCUUUUCACUCGUUGGGAGAGACUACACCACCAGGUUAGUCAUGAACAGGGGAGCUAUACAGUAUACUUUACCUGGAACCAGUGGAGGCUGGUGAGGGGAGUACAGCUCAUAGUAAUAGCUGGAAUGGAAUAAAUAGAAGGGUAUCAAACAGGAUGCCGUUACAUUAAUUCCGUUCCAGACAUUACUAUGAGCCCGUCCUCUGAGCCACCAGCCACCACUGCCUGAAACCCACACUGCAACCCUGAGUCCACACUUUGAUACUUAUUUUUUACAAUGCCAUCCAUUGAUACUUCCAUUAGGUUGUAAGCAGAAGCUCUAAUGUAUGUAUUGCAACUAUGGCAUGUGAUCUUUUGUAUUACUGCAGUGAGGAGAGAGGUAUUAACAAACUAUUUGCUUACUGCAGAUAGUGGAAAAGACCAUACUUACAAUGGAGAUGCCAUCCAUCUUUGUUCAAUUGCACACUGCUGGCUCACCAAGCAUUUCUGUCUCCAUUUAACACUCCUUAUUUCCACUGUGAAAUGAAAUACAGUGGGGAGAACAAGUAUUUGAUACACUGCCGAUUUUGCAGGUUUUCCUACUUACAAAGCAUGUAGAGGUCUGUAAUUUUUAUCAUAGGUACACUUCAACUGUGAGAGACAGAAUCUAAAACAAAAAAUCCAGAAAAUCACAUUGUAUGAUUUUUAAGUAAUUAAUUUGCAUUUUAUUGCAUGACAUAAGUAUUUGAUACAUCAGAAAAGCAGAACUUAAUAUUUGGUACAGAAACCUUUGUUUGCAAUUACAGAGAUCAUACGUUUCCUGUAGGUCUUGACCAGGUUUGCACACACUGCAGCAGGGAUUUUGGCCCACUCCUCCAUACAGACCUUCUCCAGAUCCUUCAGGUUUCGGGGCUGUCGCUGGGCAAUACGGACUUUCAGCUCCCUCCAAAGAUUUUCUAUUGGGUUCAAGUCUGGAGACUGGCUAGGCCACUCCAGGACCUUGAGAUGCUUCUUACGGAGCCACUCCUUAGUUGCCCUGGCUGUGUGUUUCGGGUCGUUGUCAUGCUGGAAGACCCAGCCACGACCCAUCUUCAAUGCUCUUACUGAGGGAAGGAGGUUGUUGGCCAAGAUCUCGCGAUACAUGGCCCCAUCCAUCCUCCCCUCAAUACGGUGCAGUCGUCCUGUCCCCUUUGCAGAAAAGCAUCCCCAAAGAAUGAGUUUAGACCAAAAAGCUAUAUUUUUGUCUCAUCAGACCACAUUACCUUCUCCCAUUCCUCCUCUGGAUCAUCCAGAUGGUCAUUGGCAAACUUCAGACGGGCUUGGACAUGCGCUGGCUUGAGCAGGGGGACCUUGCGUGCGCUGCAGGAUUUUAAUCCAUGACGGCGUAGUGUGUUACUAAUGGUUUUCUUUGAGACUGUGGUCCCAGCUCUCUUCAGGUCAUUGACCAGGUCCUGCCGUGUAGUUCUGGGCUGAUCCCUCACCUUCCUCAUGAUCAUUGAUGCCCCACGAGGUGAGAUCUUGCAUGGAGCCCUAGACCGAGGGUGAUUGACCGUCAUCUUGAACUUCUUCCAUUUUCUAAUAAUUGCGCCAACAGUUGUUGCCUUCUCACCAAGCUGCUUGCCUAUUGUCCUGCAGCCCAUCCCAGCCUCGUGCAGGUCUACAAUUUUAUCCCUGAUGUCCUUACACAGCUCUCUGGUCUUGGCCAUUGUGGAGAGGUUGGAGUCUGUUUGAUUGAGUGUGUGGACAGGUGUCUUUUAUACAGGUAACGAGUUCAAACAGGUGUAGUUAAUACAGGUAAUGAGUGGAGAACAGGAGGGCUUCUUAAAGAAAAACUAACAGGUCUGUGAGAGCCGGAAUUCUUACUGGUUGGUAGGUGAUCAAAUACUUAUGUCAUGCAAUAAAAUGCAAAUUAAUUACUUAAAAAUCAUACAAUGUGAUUUUCUGGAUUUUUGUUUUAGAUUCCGUCUCUCACAGUUGAAGUGUACCUAUGAUAAACAUUACAGACCUCUACAUGCUUUGUAAGUAGGAAAACCUGCAAAAUCGGCAGUGUAUCAAAUACUUGUUCUCCCCACUGUAUGUAUGCCGGUGCAUUUUAUUGUUCCAAAUGCCAGUGGUUACAUUUUGAUGACUGUAGAGAGUCAUAAUUAUUUAGAAAAGCAUUUGAAUAGCUUCCCACAGAAAAGGCUUCAUGCACUCAGUAUCACGUGCAAGAAUAAACACAGUCAUCUACUAAUACAUCCUGGCUGUAGAGAGAGAGAGACAGAGAGAGAGAGAGAGAGAGAGAGGGAGUAGGAGAGAGGAGAGAGAGAGACGAGGAGAAGGUACGAGAGAGGGACACGAGAGAGACAGAGGAGAUCUUUUUCUGAGAGAGAGAGAGGAGGAUGAGAGAGGAGGAGAGAGAGAGAGAGAGAGAGAGAGAGAGAGAGAGAGAGAGAGAGAAUAAAGCAAAGCCUGUGGAAUGUUAAUUUGUUUGAUGAAAUGUAAAUGGGCGAAGAUAGCCCAGCUGUUGCAGUUUGUGUUGGCUCAUUAGUUUUUAUUCUGUCUGGGUGGUGUUUUAUUAACCCAAGCCUUUCUUAUUGUUGCUCUCUCUCUCCUCAGCUGAGCAGGCCAGGACAAGUGUUGGGUGACGAGAAGGCCAUAAAGACGUACUGUGGAGCUAAGAUGACAGCGGGGGCCUACCAGAGAGCCAAGCAGAAGUUUGUCCUCUCACUGCAGGAGGCAGGCCUGGGCAUCUGGAACAGGAAACCACCAGAACAGGAGCACUUCCAGAGCAGU